UAAACUUGUCACAAUAGUAUAUCUUUAAUAAAAACGAUAUAUAGUAGCAUAACUAUGUCAGACAUAGGCUUAGCGCUGUAGGAAGGCAUUAGAAAUUAAAUUAACGUUUCGUGAGCUGACGACCCGAUUAUCAGCAAAAAUGCCGCGAAGUAGGCGAUCCAGUGUUGUGAUGGAAAUGGAGUUCAUGAGAGCAAGAGGAGAUGGACAGAGACGAUCAAUCCCAAACUUGCAGCCUGGAAUGCGAGGCAAGUUCCAGGCAACUGCAAUGUCCAUGCGGAGAGUAUCGAUGUUUGCACGAAAUUACCAUCCUGCAAUCGAAGGCGAAGGAAAAGUCGAAGUCACAUUUAUACCGCCGCUACUUCGAUUCAGACGGGCAGCAAGAGUGAUCCGAAUCCUAUCUUCAGUAUGUCUAGCUUGCAAGAAGAAUAUGACGUUCUCCGUUGCGCAGAACAAUUGGGUCGCUCUAAAAGAAGCAUUGUUACGUGAAAGUGACGUCAGUAAGGAUCAGAAUAAAGAAAAGAAAAAAGCCGCUCUUACAACUGACGACCCGGAACUUACCUUUGACCUUAGUAAAUUUCGCCGCCAAUCAAAAGACGUCGACGUCAUGCCAGUGAAGAUUAAAGAUCUUCUACGCAAAAGACCGGGAGAUCGAACCCCAGAAGAGGUUCUGAAUAUCAUGAGAACAAUGCAAAAAAUGGAGAUUUUCGCUCGUUUCCCACUGAGCAUACAACGUCGAUUAUGCGAAUGUGCUUGGCUACAAACUGUCGAACCGAAUCGAGUUUUGUUAAGAUCCGGUCACGUGGGACAAAGUGUUUAUUACGUCAUUUCCGGAAGACUUGUAGCCAAUGGUGAAGAAGAAACUGGUCACAUGGUCACAACAUUACUCAAGCGUGGCGAUAAAUUUGGAGAAGAGGAAAUCAUCUCUAAAAGCAAACGUGCGGCCACUGUGAUGAGCCAGGAUACGGCAGAGUUAUUUGUCGUUUAUGGAGAUGACUACAAAGACAUCUGCUUCGCCAAAGGUUCGAAGGAUAUUUCCAGUUUGUCAAUCUGUAGAAAGAACCCUGUCUUCCAUCACUGGCCGUUGCAGAAGCUGAUCGAGAACCCGGGAUCAUGGACUAUGCAAAACUAUAAACCCGGAACUCUGAUAGUCGAGGACAGUGGCCGAUGUGACUGGGUUUACAUUAUCAAAUCUGGACAGUGUAAAGUAGUCAAAUGUUUGAAACCCGGAGAACCGGAAGAAGACCCGGCAAGGAUAAAGAAACUUCUCGCCAGACACGCUCGUCAGAAAUUAUUGAAAGAAAUUGAAACCAAGAAUCUUGAAAACGAUAUUGACGUCUCGGAACCAAGCGAGGAUCGAAUCAGCGCUGUCCCACCUUCCUCGACAUUCUUCACCACACCCCUGUCACGCCCACAAACUCAUGGCUACUACGAUGAAGCAGCGACCGCAGCUAUACAGGAGGCGAUGCGCCAACGUUCUCAGACCCCAAUGAAACGAAGCCCAUUUCUUGUCUCAUUGUACGGACCUAAGGUUAACAGACCGGUAUACGUGGCCUUGGAGGUGCUCGGAGUCGGGGAUAGCUUUGGCUUCCUGGCUGUACUUCCUAAAGAUCAACGAGGGUCAAGUGUCAGCCUCAUAAGUUGCGGGUCAGAGGUCAUUCAGAUAAACAAGAAAUUCUUCCAGAAAUUUGCUGAUGAGACGGUCUAUAGUUUGAUAAAUAUGAAGUUCCCACCAUUUCCAAAGCAACACGAAAUCCUACAAAACCUUCGUCAAUCGUUCAUGUGGAAAGACUAUAAACGACAGACGCUGGACGACGCCCUGGCGCAUUUAUACAGACCCGUCGUCCAAUCAGAUCAUAAGGAUCAAACUAUUGCUCUUUGAAAUAUCGACUGAAAUGAUGAACAAUGGCGAGAUUUUUCUUAAAUCUUAUCCAUAUUUUAUUAUUAUUAUUACCCUACUGUUUUGUUUGAUGCAUCGCGACUUUUGCAAACAAAUUAAUACUUCGUUUUUCGUUUAUUUAGUCCAUGGGCUCUGAAAACUGUCAUGAACUUUGGGCCCUUUCCAAAAACUCUCAACGAUCCAUGGACAAUUUUCUAUUUAUUAGAAAUAAUACCACGCUUGAUAAAAAACAAACAAAAAAAAACGAAAGUUAAAGAAUUGAUCCUUACAGUUAAAGAAUUAAAUAAACCAUACUCACAUUCCUUCAAAUUAUUGUAGUCAACGCGGAUAUUUCCGUUGAAUGCCUUUGACCUGAGCUCCCAUAGAAAUGACGAGCUAUGGCCACCGAGGGGCCAUUUAAAAAAACCCUGGUUAGCCUUAUAUUCUAUGGACAGCCUUAACCUUCACUGUUUGGAUUCUGUAUGCAAUUUUUAAAUGACAAACCUAAAUGCAUCACACUUAUAUAAUUAGACAAAUGAGUCAACAUAUUUUAGAUAGUAGUCGGUAAUGCUAAAAUUCUAUAACGAAUGAGAGUAUAUUCAGUAUCAGUAUCAGUAAUUUAUUUUUCCACCAAUACGGAAAACGAGAAUAUCGGUCGGAGACCGAAGACUUAUCGAUCUUAGAUCGGUAAUUAGUUAAUAACUCGCUAAUUAUACGACAUAAUUAACCC